GAGCACACCAGAUGAUGGAAUUUCUCCCAGAGACCGCAGCGGCUCGAUCAGCACUGUCUCCCCCAGAAAUUAGAUAAGAGAGGAAAGCCGGGAGAUUAAAGCGGGGGGGAAGAUGUUCUGCGCAAAGCUGAAAGAGCUUAAUAUAUCAGGAGAGUGUCCAUUCUCCAGCAGCGCCAAAAAUAAUGAGCUCGAAUACUUUGAGGAGCGCUCAACUGACGCCGCGGAUUUAUUGCCUAUUUCUAAGGACGUGCAUGGAAAAACAGGUGAGGAUGUACCUCAACAGAAGACAAGCAGAGCCAAAGUUAACCUGCAUACACUUGGGGAGAGCAUCCGAAAAUUGGCAUGUCCCGAGUUUCAAAGGCUGCAUACUGCCCUCCAACGAAUGAUGAGACUAUCAGAUCACACCAGGGACUCUGAAAGUCCAGUAAUUUGCUGUACAGACUAUCAGAGUUGUAGUGAGGAUCCAGGGCAUUUAGUGGAAAUGAUGAACAUUUACUCAACCAAAACAGGAAUCCAGAUGGAAGCUUUGAGAGUUGCUCUUGGCGAGGAGCUCUUCAACAUGUGUUACGAGGAGGACGGACACAUUUUGAGGGUGGUGGGGGGAGCUCUCCACGACUUCCUCAACAGCUUCAAUGUCUUGCUAAAACAGAGCAGCACGUUGCCCAACCCAGACAGAGGGGAUUGUGUAAACGAACCUUCUGUGCUGUGCUUAGACAAGGAUCUGGGUCUGCUUACUGUCUAUUUCUUCAACCCCCGCCCGACCACUGAGCUCUUCUUCCCUGGAGUCGUCAAAGCUGCUGCCCGCCUUCUGUAUCAAACCACUGUGGAUGUGUUGAUGGACCCCCCUGGUGCUAAAGACAGCAUCUUGCAGUCCAGCCCGCAGCCCAGUCUCCUGUACACAGUGGUAGUUAAGGAUGCUAAAACUCUGAGCCCCAGUCCGCUCCGGGCUACCUCAGCUGGGACCCUUCCUACCUCUCUGUUCUCCACCAUCUUCCCUUUCCAUCUGAUCCUGGACCAGGACUUGGUUCUGGUACAAAUAGGACACGGGCUCAGAAAGAGACUGACCAGGAAGGAUGGACUGAGGCGGUCUGCAACCUUCCAAGAACACUUCUCUAUUGUCUCUCCCCAGAUCAAAUGUACCUUUCAAGGUAUUCUGACCAUGCUAAACACACAGUUUAUCAUUCGGAUCAAGCACGGAGUCUCCACCACAGAUAAUACAGGGAAGCUCAUGGACCUUAAAGGUCAGAUGAUAUACGUUUCAGAGUCCAACGCCAUCUUGUUCUUGGGCUCACCAUGUGUGGACAAGCUGGAGGAGCUAACGGGCCGCGGCCUCUACCUGUCAGACAUCCCUAUUCAUAACGCAUUGCGUGACGUAGUGCUGGUUGGUGAACAGGCCAAAGCCCAGGAUGGUUUGAAGAAGCGGCUGGGGAAGGCCAAGGCAGCACUGGAGCAUGCUCACCAAGCACUGGAGGAAGAGAAAAAGAAGACAGUGGACCUCCUCUUCUCCAUCUUCCCUGGCACUGUGGCACAGCAGCUGUGGCAGGGCCAGACGGUCCAGGCCAAGAAGUUUGAACGCGUUACAAUGCUCUUCUCUGAUAUUGUGGGCUUCACUGCUGUUUGCUCACGCUGUACCCCAAUGCAAGUGAUCACCAUGCUCAAUGAGUUGUACACCAGGUUUGAUCACCACUGUGGAGAGCUUGAUGUAUAUAAGGUGGAGACCAUUGGUGAUGCGUAUUGUGUAGCUGGUGGCUUACACAGAGAGAGCGAAACUCACGCCGUCCGAAUUGCACUCAUGGCCUUGAAGAUGAUGGAGCUUUCAGACGAUGUUAUGACGCCAACUGGAGAACCUAUACAGAUGCGUAUAGGCCUCCACACUGGUUCAGUACUGGCUGGUGUAGUUGGGGUGAAGAUGCCACGCUACUGCCUUUUCGGAAAUAAUGUCACAUUGGCCAACAAGUUUGAAUCCUGCAGCCAACCAAGAAAAAUCAACAUCAGCCCUACGACACACAGAUUGCUAAAGGAUCGGCCAGAGUUUGUCUUUGUUCCCAGGAGCAGACAGGAGCUUCCGGCCAACUUCCCCGAGGACAUCCCUGGUGUUUGUUACUUUUUGGAGGCGUCCUUCAAAACUUCAACACUGCCUCUGAAAUGAAGUCAAGUUGCAGAGCCCAAAGAACGUUAGCUAUGACGACACAUAAAUGUAUCCAGUGAACACAGUGUGAACACCUUGUGUAUUUUGGUUUGGGUUGUUUAGAUAUUGAUAGUAUGAUGAUAUGUCAACAUGUCAGUCAAACUGCUGCAGCUGCUUAAUUACAGAGAUGUCAGUUUGCUGUCACACAUGAGUCUUGUCUCUGUACAAUUAUCCAUUUGUACAGCUGUAGCGGAGAAAAACACUUGCUUCCUUCACUGUUUUCUUCCAGAAUGAGUCAUCUCUGCCAAUUGAUAUGAAAUAAAAUGUGUCUUUCUUCCCAAGUUCUCAUCAUAUAUCAUCAUAUCUAUCAUUUUAACAUUUAAGAAAAUUUACAGUAAAUGUGGCAACUUUUCAAAACAAGUCCGUAGUUGCUUCAUAUCAUCUUGCAUAUGAUACAUUUUGUGAUGUUGCUAAACAGAGUGGUUCCUUUAUUUCUUUUUUCUUUUUUUAUUGUUUUCUGUAAAUAUCUGACUGGUCGGUUCACAUCUAUCCAGAUGAGGUACCUGCUGAAGCACCUUGGCCUGUUGGUACGGCAGAAGAGCUCAAGAUUAAAACUGAAUUGGCUUUCUGUUUUUCAUGGCAAACAAUUUUAAAAAGCUGAAGCAAAUGAUAAAGUUAUUCAAAUAUUUAGAAAACAUUACAAUUAUUCAUUUAGCUGACGCUUUUAUCCAAAGCGACCUACAAUUGCUAUAUACUGUAUGUCAGAGGUCGCAUGCUUCUGGAGCAACGAGGGGUUAAGUGUCUUGCUCAGGGACACAUUGGUGUCUCACAGUGGAUUUGAACCAGGGUCUCUCACACCAAAGGCAUGUUUGAUCCACUGCUCCAUCACCACCCCAAAACAUCCCACAUUCUUCAGCUGAGAUUCACUCUUCUAAUUGAAUGAAGUGAUGCAGAGCAGAUUCAGGUGCCUUAUGGGAACUAUACAGGCAGGACAAGAUGUUAAAGUUUUAAACACAUUAUUUGCAUUUAUUUUUACCAGCUUUAUAUAGGUCAAUAAGAAUUUACAUGUCUUCAAGAGGUUUGUUGUUCCAACUCAAUAUACUAUAUUUGUAAUAUACAUGUACCUUAGACUUAGGCAUUUUCCUAAUAUAUAAGUCAUUUACGUGUGUUUUUUUAAAAACUGUACUCAUGUUUAUACUAUAUUUAUUACAUUGGUUUCAUUGCACUCCUUUCCUAUAAAGCAGGAAUAUGACACAACAACAACACAAUGAAUGUUCUACUGUCACUCUUAACGAUGUGCUUUAAUCAUUACUGUAAUGUAAUCACAGCGCAAUAAAUAUUGACAUUAAUAGA